AUGGCCACUCCCUCCGCCUCGCCUUCACGCGACAGCACCUCCCCCGGUGGCACGCCAUUUAUUUGUUACCACAGGCUGUUUGACUACCCAACGGAGGUGAGCUGCUCACCUCCAACGCCUCGACCAUCAUGUCAUGGCCACACGCCUCUGGAUUGUUGGGUGCAGCCAGAGUGGAAUGCAAUGGCGGCGGAGGCCCGUCCAACUCAGCUUUUGACCCCUAAAGCGUCACGAGUGGGUUCGACUCAGUUGCAGGCUGCACUCAGCACUCCACAAGUUAUGAAGGAGGAAUUGCAGCUCCGCGCCGCCCUUGACACCGAGCUCUCAAUAAUGAAAAUGGACCCUUUCAGGCACAUAACGCCUGAUGUGACGCCCCUUAUGGAUGGUCUUUAUGUUGGUGGCUUCCCAGAUGAGGAAAUAUUAGAGAUCUUGAAACGGGAGGGCAUUGAUGUCAUCAUCAACUGCUGUGCGAGAGAACUUGACACGCGUGUCGUUUUACCCACGGGAUUUGUAGUACAUGAUUUCUACGCAGAGGACUGUAGCGAUUAUUUGAUUAUUUUUCAUUGUUAUGAUCGAUUUGCAGAGAUUGUUACCGACGCGCUGCGAAACGGUCACCGAGUAUACGUUCAUUGUGUCGCAGGCGUCAACCGCAGCGUCACACUUUGCAUUGCCUAUUUAAUGCAGUAUUAUCACAUGGGACCAAUCAGCUGUGUGCAGUUGUUUCGGUCGAGGGGGAGAGUAAACAUCCUCAAAAAUGUGUCUUUUCGGCAUCAGCUCGUAGACUUUUAUCUUAACAAUUUACACGCUUGA